GCAAAAUUCACAAAGUAUCUCUUAUCUUUCAUUCACAAAAUCAUGUACUUCUCCACAAAAGAGAUGUUCAACGUGGCAGUUAGUUUGCUUUUCAUAUUUUCCUUGCAAAAGUUUUUGGUUGAUUCAAGUGAAUCUUCAAGAAAAUGGUUACUAUUGCAUUCACAAGAAGAUCUUGUCCAAAGGCUGAUUAAAGUGGAAGCUGAGCUUGUGUCUCUUAAAAAUACAUCGAAACAAACAGGAUAUGGUUCAACAUAUGUGAGAUGGGGAAGAAACACGUGUCCUGUCGACAAUAAACUUGUCUAUACUGGAUACACUGCUGGGAGAUACUUCAACACUGCUGGAAGUGGCACAACUAAUUUAUGUCUUCCCGAUGACCCCAAAUGGGCGAAUUAUGUGGAUGGUAAUACAGCUGGAAAUAGUAACCGAGGUCAUAUUUAUGGCGCUGAAAUUGACAUUGAAGUACCGAAUCAAUUUUUCCAUAUUCAGUCCUAAAUCAAGACAUACCCUGUGUUGUCUGCAAAUCUCCACGCUCGAUUUCCCUUAUGAUUCCAGCAAGAAAGGAAUGCUAUCCUGGCUGGACAAUUGAGUAUUGGGGGUAUCUUUUGGCCGGUAUGUCUAGUAGACCUGGGGGUAAUGAUCAUAUAUGUGUAGAUACAAAACCAGAGUUUAAUCAACAUGGCGGUACAAAUGAUGAUGAGCAUAUAUUGUACCUUGUGGAAGCUCAGUGUGGUUCCCUGCCUUGUCCACCAUACGUGCAAGGAAGGGAACUACCGUGUGCAGUUUGUUCUAAAUGAUUUAUAAUUUAUCUUUAUUUUAGCAAUAAUGAAAAUAAAUUGUUUAAAUCAUA